CACUACAAGAGUGGAGGAACGAGAACCAUGCCUUCCCUGACGCCGCCGGCCACCACGUCCAGGGUAUCACCAUUCACGAAGGCGAAUGGGACUCUCACGGGGCCAUCAAGACUUGGAACUACACAUGCGUUUAAGACAUCGAUGUCUGGUGGUGAAAAUGUCUCAUUCGCUGAACACGAGGUUCUGAAAGGAAAGCACGAGACUUUGUUGAGAGAGCAUGGAACCUCAAUCUCAACAAUCGAGCUUCUCGAGAAGAAGCUGAAAGAGGCGUUGCUGGUUGAGCAAAAGGGUGACUAUUGGGAGAAGAAGUAUCUUGAACUGCACAAGAAGCUAGAGACCGUUGUGAACAAUAUCAAAGACUUGAUGUAUUCUGAAGUGGCUGGUGAGAAUCCAGGGACUGCAGCACUUGGAGAGGAUCGUAAAGUUGUGAUUGUGCUCAGUGAUGACGAUGAAGGGGACGGAAGCGAGAGCAGUGGAGGAGAUAGUGACUCUGAGAACCAAGAAAAUUUAUCUUUCUAUCUUUGAUCAAGAAUCGUUUUAGGAGAUGGAGAAAUAGAGAGUAAGUGGUUGUUUAGUUAUGACUAUGAAUCUCCGGUGUGUUGUUGUUUAUGGCUUUCGGAGUUAGGAUGUUAAGAGAUGGAAGUUUGUAUGUUCAGUGGAUUUGUAGCCUAACAUAAAGUUGCAAGAGAAGCAGCUUCCAUCCUCAAAACUAUGUUCAGACUGUUCUAGUUAUAGCAGUUAAAGAAGAGAUGAGAUCAAGAAGCUCUGUUUUUAUGCUAGUGUUUGAAUCUAUUAGGCUGUGUUCUUUAAGAGACAUCAUCAGAUGGUAGUUUACAGUUUUUGUAAAUUCUUCACAUUUCAUUCGGAAUGGAAGACUCUGCGGCUCCAUUUUUGA